UCAUCAGUUUAUUAUAAAAAAUUGCUUGAAAAAAAAUUACUUGAAAAUGUUGACAAUAAGGAAGAAGAAAUGUUACUUUCUAAAGAGAUGGCUAAAAAAUUUUAUAAUAAUAUUACUAUAAUUGAUGAUAUUAAAGAUAUAAAAGAUAGUCCCCAAGAAAUUUCAAGAAAGAUUGCUAAUUUAAUUGAAAAUAAAGAGAUAUUCGUAGAUAUGACUUAUAAAACAAAUGCAUUGGGCUAUGAACUUUACUCUGUAAUUGGUCAAUAUGAUGGUUUAGGCCUUGUAUUAGCAUAUUUGUUUGUUAAAGGAUAUAAGCAAGAUAAA